GCGGGCUGCUAGUGAAGGGAACAAUCGAGUUGACUUUGCCAGGGAGCCACCUCAAAGCGUCUCAGGUUACUUUGAGUGACAGCGUAACCAUGGAGAAUAAUUUGACUAAGGCUAUUGUCUUAUCCUCACCAUCCCCGGGUCAGAUAACCGACCAAUCAGAGUUCAUAUGAUCGCUUGUCUUGCCAGCUUAGAAUAAUAUUAUUAAAACGAGCCAGCGAGCCCGGUCUCCGCGAGAAGGUUAUGUUGAAACGCCAAAGAAAAGGUGGAGGAGGACGGUGAAGGAGCAGCGACGUUCUCUCUUUCUCAACAACUUUAUGAGGAUUUGUCGCCUGGGGUUCCGCAUGGCUGAGUAGACUUGAGUUUACUCCACAACACGCUGUUGGAUAUUACACUUAACCUGAGGCUGUUUGAAGUUUAAGUCUAUUUUGGGACCUUUUGUCGCUCAUGGACUUAUUGCGUUUUGAUUUAAUGUGAGACUGAGCGGAGCACCGUGGAAGUAAGGCACAAUAUAAUCUGAAUUGAUUUACAUUGUCGCCAUGUCCAUGCUUCCGACGUUUGGUUUUACGCAGGAACAAGUGGCAUGUGUCUGUGAAGUCCUCCAACAAGGAGGGAACAUCGAGCGGCUGGGUCGCUUCCUCUGGUCGCUACCGGCGUGCGAACACCUCCACAAAAAUGAAAGCGUCCUUAAAGCAAAAGCCGUCGUUGCCUUUCAUCGGGGGAACUUCCGAGAGCUCUACAAGAUCCUGGAGAGCCACCAGUUCUCUCCGCACAACCAUCCGAAGCUGCAGCAGCUGUGGCUGAAAGCGCACUACAUCGAGGCGGAGAAGCUGAGAGGCCGUCCGCUCGGCGCCGUGGGGAAGUACCGCGUCCGGAGAAAGUUUCCCCUGCCCCGCUCCAUCUGGGACGGAGAGGAGACGAGCUACUGCUUCAAAGAGAAGAGCAGGAGCGUCCUUCGGGAGUGGUACACCCACAAUCCUUACCCGUCCCCUCGGGAGAAACGAGAGCUGGCCGAGGCCACGGGACUUACCACCACCCAGGUCAGCAACUGGUUCAAAAACCGACGGCAGCGAGACCGAGCAGCGGAGGCGAAGGAAAGAGAAAACAACGAGAACUCCAACACUAAUAGUCAUAACCCAUUGACCUCGUCCAUGAAUGGAAAUAAAUCUCUUUUGGGGAGUUCUGACGACGACAAAACUCCCUCGGGGACACCGGAUCACACGUCACAUAGCCCGGCCAUGCUCCUCGGCCCCAACACCGGUUUACCCUCUCUGCACGGCCUCGCGCCCCCGCCGGGACCCAGCGCCAUCCCGGUACCGGGCGGUGCAGACUCGAUGCACCAUCACCACUCUUUGCACCAUGACUCCAUACUGAACCCUAUGUCUUCUAAUCUAGUGGACCUUGGCUCUUAAAAGAACCGGCACAGAAGGGAGACAGACAGUAACGUUUUGGAUAAUACAUUUACGAGAUCGCGUGAGACAAGCUACAAACAAUUACGGUAAAAAGGGCAACGCAGACGGACUUGAACACUGCGAAAACAUCCACCAUAACAAAACUUUUAGUCUCAUAUUCAGCCUUUCAAAGUCUUUUUGAACAAGUGGGGGGGAUCUGCUGGUGUGCGUAAACCCUUUCUCUACCCCCAAACUAAACUUGUUUCUGGAAUUUUCCAGCAACAAAUCUCAAGGAAGAGCACUUCAGACAUUUACCAAACAUAUGCCUAUUUAUAACAGGAAACGUUUUCUUAAAUAUUGGCAUAUGAGGGGGGAAACAAGACAGAUUUAUAAAGAUGGAACAUUUUUGCAGUCGUUGUGCAGACACAAGGUGAGGCGGAUUUAGGUCGUUCAAGAUUAAAUAAAUAAAUAAAAAUAAAGGGAAAAGACGUAUUUUACCAGAAUGUAAAAACGUAACAUGUUAUAUUGUUGAAAACAAUUACAAUAAAAUGUCUUAAUUCUUAUUACUAUCACCGUUGUUAUUUUAGGGGUUUAGAUUUUGUCAGCAGACUCUAAAGGCACCGAGUUUAAGGCACCACAUCGCCUUUUUGUUUACAAAGGGGUUUUCAAAGAGAGCCAUAAUACGUUUUUUUUUGUUUUUUUUAAAGAAUGGAUGUUUUUUGGGGGUGUGGGGG